AACAGGCAAAGACAUGUACUUGUGAUCUCAGAUACUCUUCCACUCAUCCUAUGACCAAAUCCCAUUUCUCUAACAAAAAUAAAAUAAUCUCACAGACGCGCAAAUUUUCCAUUUUAGAUCUGUGCAAGUACAAUCCUCCACUUGCCUUCUCUUUUUCGCUGUAGCCAUUUCCAUAUCUAAAACGAACAAGAACAACAGCAACGCUACAUUCCGACCCUCAAUUUCCAAUGGCGGUCGCCGUCCGUGGCAGCCGAGGUGGCGGAGGAUCCGCUGGAUUCAACUCCGGCCUUCGUAGUUUCUUCUCUUACCGGAUCUUAGUCUCCGCCAUGUUUACUCUUCUCUUUCUCGCUACUCUCUCCGUCCUCCUCACCACCCAUCCUCCUACCUCUCCUCAUGACUCAUCGCUGCCCAGUACUGGUAAUGCUUAUGUACAGAGGACUUUCCUGGCAUUAAACUCGGAUCCGUUCAAAACCAGAUUGGAUUUGAUAUAUAAACAAGCUAGUGACCAUAUGACUUUAGUGAAUGCUUAUGCUGCUUAUGCUAGAAAACUUAAGCUUGAUAUUUCUAGGCAAUUGAGAAUGUUUGAUGACUUAGCUAAGAAUUUCUCUGACAUUACUGCAAAACCCAAUUACAAAUCAUCAUUGUUUGAAUCAGAGGGUGCAGUGGAUGAGGAUGUUUUGAGGCAGUUUGAGAAGGAAGUGAAAGAAAGAGUCAAAAUUGCUAGGUUGAUGAUAGCUGAGGCUAAGGAGAGUUAUGAUAAUCAGAUCAAGAUUCAGAAGCUUAAAGAUACUAUCUUUGCUGUUAACGAGUUGUUAAUUAAGGCAAAAAAGAAUGGGGCUUUUGCUAGCUUGAUUGCAGCGAAAUCAAUACCUAAGAGUUUGCAUUGUUUGGCAAUGAGGCUUGUGGAGGAGAGGAUUUCACAUCCGGAGAAAUAUAGGGAAGAGGAUCCUAAACCAGAGUUUGAGGAUCCGAGUUUGUAUCAUUAUGCUAUAUUUUCAGAUAACGUAAUUGCUGUGUCAGUUGUGGUGAGGUCUGCGGUGAAGAAUGCAGAGGAAUCUUGGAAACAUGUUUUUCAUGUGGUUACGGAUAGAAUGAAUGUGGCAGCCAUGAAGGUAUGGUUUAGGAUGCGACCUGUAGAAGGAGGUGCCCAUGUGGAGGUUAAGGGUGUGGAGGAUUUUAGUUUUUUGAAUUCUUCAUAUGUGCCAGUUUUGAGGCAAUUAGAGAAUCUUCAGCUGCAGAAGUUUUACUUUCAAAAUCAGGCAGAGAAUGCUACCAAGGAUGUGAGUAAUAUGAAGUUCAGGAAUCCCAAAUACUUGUCUAUGCUGAAUCAUCUUCGUUUUUAUCUGCCAGAGAUGUACCCUAAGUUGCAUAAGAUUUUGUUUUUGGAUGAUGAUGUUGUGGUUCAAAAGGACUUGACAGGGUUGUGGAAGAUUGACUUGGAUGGAAAGGUGAAUGGUGCUGUCGAGACAUGCUUUGGUUCAUUUCAUCGUUAUGCACAGUAUUUGAACUUCUCACACCCUUUGAUUAGGGAGAGAUUUAAUCCCAAGUCCUGUGCUUGGGCUUAUGGAAUGAAUAUAUUUGAUCUUGAUUCUUGGAGGCGUGAAAAGUGCACGGAGCAGUAUCAUUACUGGCAGAACUUGAAUGAGGAUCGUACUCUAUGGAAAUUAGGUACUCUUCCACCUGGCUUGAUCACCUUUUGCUCAACAACAAAGUCAUUGGACAAAUCUUGGCACGUGCUUGGUCUUGGGUAUAAUCCAAGUAUUAGCAUGGAUGAGAUCAACAAUGCUGCAGUAAUUCAUUAUAAUGGAAACAUGAAACCUUGGCUGGACAUUGCCAUGAAUCAGUACAAGAAUCUGUGGACUAAAUAUGUCGACAAUGAUAUGGAGUUUGUUCAGAUGUGCAAUUUUGGCCUAUAGACACGUACCACUUUCCUGCUUUGUUGCACAACUACACUACAAGUUGUAAGUGUUCAUACUGGGGUACUCAUAUUCUUACAACAUUUUUGGAUUUUAUCAUUAGUUGUAAUUUUCAAAGGCAAUUGUAUUCGACCAAAAUGGUGAUGUACACGCAGAAAUGAUUCUUUUGAUUGAAAUUUUUUGUAUCCUCAAAUGCAGUGACACAAAUUUUGUUAGUCAUGAAAGUAUCACCAAAUUUAGGACCUGA